AUGAAGCGAAGCUUUAUUGCUGUGCUGGCCCGGCUGGAUCAAAGAAGCCAGCAGCACGGCGUCAGCCAUUUUGUGGACGUUUUGCUGGACCUGGAGGCAGAUUUGUUGAUGGGGUACUGCUUGGAGAAUGAAGUACUCGUUGUUGGGAGCCGUGUCGGAAUAAGGGCCUCGCGGACGUACCUGGCCCUGGCCGUGAAGCGCUCGAGUCUGGCCGCCUACUUCGGGCUGCGUCCCGGCGAUCGCUUGGAGAAGGUCGCGGGAAGAAAUGCCUCGGAGUUGGAUCCACGAGCACUAAGGUCUGCUCUUGCAGCCGAACGAGUGGAGCUGGCUUUUGCGAGGAGAUCGCUGGAGGAUGCCGAAGAAGUGGCCUCCAUCCGCAUCCAAGCCACGUGGCGUGGACACCGCCAACGCGGCGGGUCGGUCGGCGUUGCAGCUAAUCCGUUUGGAGAAGUAUCCGCUACGAACGGGUCGAGCCGCAAGAAGCUGAAGGAGGACAAGGCGACACCUUCCAUGCUGAUCCCUGGUAGCAGAAUGCAGGCAAGCUGGCCUUCAGAUCUUCAGCAGCUUCGCUUCUACGAGUUCCCGCCUCACCAUCACCUCCUCUCCAGGGUCUUCAUGAUCUACAAGGUGAUGUCGCCUCAGCCGCUUUGCUUUGGCGACCUCCUCCUCAGCGUGGAUGCGCGAGAGGCUUCGGAUCUCGACGCAUCCACAUUGAGCCACCUGCUCGGCAGCGGCGAGUCACUGCAGCUCACCUUUGCCAGAGGAAGCCCUGAGGAUCGAGAGGAGAUUGCUGCGACACGGAUUCAGUCAGCCUUUCGCGCACGUCGGGGAAGGAAAGAUCGAAACUGGGUGCGGUGGCUCCUGGAAGGACUGCGGCCACUCUAUGUACUUCCAGGCUUAGCUCAUCUGCAGGAGCGCCUGCAAGGCAAGCCCAUGGCACCAAGACUGGUAAGGCGACAGCUGCAGAAGCCCCCGGGCGAGGCCUUCCUGGCCACUCCUACUGGAGGUGACGGUUCAGAGUGGGGCCUCCGCCUGCACGUCACCGACCCCGGCGGACCUUGCCGGGCUCUUGCCGUGAAGCUUGGAAGCUGGGCCGACGAGAGCGGAGUCAGACCGGGAGAUCACCUCGUCAGCGUGGACGACCAGCCGGUGUUAGAACUUCUGACAGAGAUCCCCACACGUUUGGUGAAGGUAGGAGUCGGUUCCCUUCGCCUCCGUGACGCCGCCUCCGCAGCCGGUGCUCUCAGCUUCGAAAAUGCCGAGGAGGCCGACCGAGAACUUGCAAGUGCCCUGCGAAUCCAGGCUUUGCAGCGUGGCCGUCAGGUGCGGAAGCUGCUCGCAGAUCCAAGUCCGGGGGUGGCACUGCGCUUCAUCCUUGGCCGCCGUGAUGCUGAACUCCGUGCUGCUGAGUCAGCGCUGGCGCAAGUGGAGGCGCGUACACCCGACCUCGCGAGCAUCGUCCGCUCCCUGCGGCAGAAGGUUGCCGCCCGGGACUUCCGUAUUGCCAACUUGGAGGCGAACGCCGAGGCGGCAGCUUUCGUAGGCCGAGGCUUGGCGGAGAAGCUCCAGAAGCUUGAGACGUUGCAGAAAGACGUGUCGCUGGCGGAGACGGAUCACACACUGAGCCUCGUCGCGUCCCUUCGUCGCCUGGAGGGACUCCCCCUGCGCUACGGAGCAGCCAACGGAGCAGAGCUUACCGCGCGAAAGGUGCCGCUCACACGGCAUGCGGCGUGUACCGCAGACGACGAAGCACCGAGGGAGGAGAUUGAAAGAAUGAGGAUGCAGCUGGAAGAGGCUCAUGAGAAAUUGCGGCUGAGGGAGCAGACGAAGGAUGAGCCCGAGGAGCACAGCAUGCCAAGUCCUGGCCCCAAGGGCGACUCGACGCAAGGGGCUGUUUUAGAGGAGGUUGUCUCAGGGGAGCAGGAGGUUGUCUUGCAGGGAGCUGUGGAGGAGGGAUCUCGAGAAGAGCUGGAGUGCAAAGCUCCCGUGAGCGCUGGUGCUCAAGUCUCCCAAUCCACACAGACCGAAGAUCCGGCUCCAGAGUCGGUGGAAGAGGGAAAGGCUGCGAGGGCCUCGGAGCCGGAAGCUGCAACCGAGUGCCCAGAGUUGGCUUUGCUCGACGGCACGGCAGCAGCUGCUUCCGAGCCGUCGAGGAGAGAGAACACUGAAACUGGCGUCGAGAAGGAGGAGAGGCAAGAGGGCAAGGAAGGCAAGCAAGAAGAAGAGGAAAGGGAAGAGGGCGAGGAAGGCAAGGAAGGCAAGGAAGGCAAGAAGGAAGAUGAAAGUCUUGGAGAAGAAACUCUGCGAGGUUUGCUUGGCAGCCCGGAGCCUGGCCCAAGUGCUUCCGGGACAGCGUUGGCCUUAGCACUUCCGAUGCCAGAGCAACACGACGUGGAGAACAGCUGGCUGCUUCACCAGGAGGCCAUGGAUGGCCGCGAAGCUCUGCUUCCUGUAGCAGAUACCGAUGCAAGCGAGGACGCUGCUUCGGAGGAGCUCGAUGUCUCCGACGAGCGCCUGCAGCAGUGGCUUCGGGCCGUUGCAGACACCAUGGCAUCGAUGCGCGAGGAGUCGGCCAGCGAGGCCGCCAGCUCCCAUGAGGAGGGAAGCCGAAUGCUUUUCCUUACAGUCGAAGCUGCAUAUGGACAUCUGGGUUUCCGUCUUACUGCCCCCCCAGGCCACUUCGUCUACCGCUGCGAAGAGGGAUCUUGGGCUGAUCAAGUCGGUCUCCAGCAAGGAGACCAGCUGGUGCAGCUCCAGGGAAUGGACGUUGGACUUUUGCCGCAUGCCUUGCUGCUGCUGGCCCUGGAGCGACACCGCCCUCUUGAGCUCACCUUUGCUCGAGGCUUCGGCGUCGGGAGCCUCGUGGAGGAUAUUGCCGGGUCUCUCUCAGGCCUCCGAGCCAGAAGCCAAGCUCCUGCAGACACGCAGGAGGCGACGGCAGCGACUUCCAGCCGGGCAGAGGAGAAUCUUGAAGACCACGCUCAUCCCCCAAGUGUGGAGGAUGACAGAGUUAUGGCGCUUGCAGCGGUGCAGAAAAACUGCGAUGCUUACCCACUGCUUUCGCUUCCCAUGCGCUACGACCGAGAGAUCACACUCGAGGCCGUGCGACAGAAGGGAGGCUUGCUCCAGUACACGUCCCCCGUGCUGCAGACAGAUCGGGAGGUCGUGGGUGCGGCCGUGCAGCAAAGCGGAGCUGCGCUGCGCUUCGCAGCCCCUGCGCGGCGAAAUGAAGUGGGCUUGGUGCGGCGAGCUGUGACGACGACUCCCGAGAUCUUUCCUUUCUUGCCAGCUGAGCAGAAGGCCAGACGAGAACUUGCCUCCGUGGCGGUGGCGCGAGACGGCAUGCUGCUGUCAGCAGUGCCAGCACUGCAAGAUGACAAGGACAUCGUUUUGGCAGCCGUCAAGCAAAACCCUGCUGCUCUUCAAUUUGCCUCCAGCUCGCUGCGUUACGACAAGGACAUCCUGAGAUUGUGUCUUGGCACACCCGAUGGGUGA